UCUAUCUCCUUUAUUUUAUCGUUUCAUGAAAUGCAUUGAGAGAUCUGUUCUUUGUUUACAUUUUCAUCUAUCUUUCUUUCUCUCAAGCACUUAAUUAUGUAUCCAUCUCAUUUUAAAUAUAAAAAUUGCUGUGCAAUUGAAUGUGUGUUGUGCAGCUCUAAACAGCUGAUUUAAUCUAAUAAUUGUGAGGUUAAGAGUCAGUUUCAUGCAAGAAACAAUGACAAAUAGAAAUUCUGUGAUAUAUAUUUAUUUGUUUUUAAUUUCUUUACUAUCGUAUAACGAAGCAAAAACAUAUCAUGCUGUAGUCAUCAUUCAUGGAGUUCUUACUGGAAGUGACAGUAUGGAAGUAAUUAGUAACAGAAUCCAGGAUGUAGAUGCAUCCUGGAACUCCAGUUUACAACACUGUCAGGUUUGCAGGCUGGAGUAGCCUGGAACCAAUGUGGCAGCAGGUAGAGGAAAUUGGUAUGGAUGUACUUUCCAUUGGUGCUGCAUUUCCUGAAGGAAUUAAUUUAAUAGGCUAUAGCCAGGGUGGUUUAUUAGCCAGAGCAAUAUUACAAAGAUUUCCUGUGCAUAAUGUAAGAAACUUUAUUUCCUUGAGUUCGCCACAAGCAGGACAAUAUGGAACACGUUUCCUGCAUUUAUUCUUUCCAGAUUUAGUUUGUGAAACUGCCUAUGAACUAUUUUAUUCAAGACUUGGACAACAUACUAGUGUUGGAAAUUAUUGGAAUGAUCCUCAUCAUCAAAAUCUAUAUCAUGAAUACAGCAAAUUUUUACCAUAUGUGAACAAUGAAAUAGAUGUUUACAAUAAUUCUGAUUAUAAAACAGGUUUAAUUAAGCUAAAACGUAUGAUACUUAUUGGAGGACCAGAUGAUGGAGUUAUCACUCCUUGGCAAAGUAGCCAUUUUGGAUAUUAUGAUAAUAGCAGCUCUGUGAUAGAAAUGCGUGAUAGAACUAUUUAUAAGAAUGAUGCAAUUGGCUUGAAAACAUUAGAUAAACAAGGGAAACUAAAACUCAUUACUGUGCCAGGAAUUCCCCAUACUGAGUGGCAUAAAAAUAUCUCAAUAGUAGAUCAAUUUUUAUUACCAUACUUAGAUUAAAUUUAAUGAAAUGUAGAUGAAAUAGAAUUUAAAUUUACCAAAUAUCAUCAUAAUAGAAAACC